CCACUAUUUCACCAUCCUAAUAUCUCGAUUCUAGGCUUUACGGAAACAAUACAUUAAAAUCAAUCUCAAACCACAUGAAUACAGUCUCAAACAGCUACUAUGGGCUGAUUAUGGGCCGAGAAAUAGAAGUAAUAGGCGGAGAAUACUAAAAAGAAAUAUAUGUGUGUACUGCGGGGAGACUUGGCAGCUUCUUGACCGGUCCACCACCUGCGUUGCUAUGGCUACAGGAACGCCAAGGUGGAGCCACGACCGAGCUAAAGGCCUUCUAUUUUCCUUCAUAAACGCAGACAAGCACAUUGAUUUCUUUAUUACUGCGGCGUAUGUGAAAGAGGAACACUUAAACAACACAUCGCACUUGUCAAUCAGUCCAUCAUGCCACCCAAGGCUCCAGCGGGCACGAGGAAGCUUAGUAAGGAGGAAAGAGAGAAGCUGCGGCGCCUUGAACAGGAGAGAAAGCAGAGGGAGGCUGAGGAGGAAAGGCUACGGGAGGAGGAGGAGGCGGCGGCACAGAGGGCGUUAGAGGCCGAGGAGGCUGCCAGGCGGGAGGAAAGGCGGCGAGAGCAACAGCGGCAGCGGACCAAGCAACUGACGGCGACGCUGGCGGUGACGAGGCAGCUUGACCUGACCAUGGAGCUGACCCGCGGCCGCCUCAGGGAGCAGGAGGAGUGGGAGAGGAUGAUGAAGUGUGACGGCUUACCUGAUCCCACCAGCGUGCCGGAAAUGAACAGAUACCUGAGUCUGUGGAGGGCUGAUCCUGAGUCUGCCACGUUGAAGGGAGCGCUGGCGAAGACUGACCAAGUUAUCCACGUGAUUUCUGAGCUGGAGGGAGUGAUGGAGGAGAACUGCGACGCCACGGAGAAGCAACGGAGGGACUGGAGAGAGAUCUGGCUGGAGUUGCAGGAGGCGCAGAAGGAGAAGCUGGACGACGCCACAUACAACCAACUACUUGACCUACGACCCCACCUUGACCUCGAGUCCAUGGUGUACGCCUUCUUCACCUCCUCCCCCCUGGUCUCCCUCGCCCUCUGGAGCAACACCACCAGGUCACCCAAGAACAACUCCCACGAGGUGAAGGAGCUCGGGUUCACCUUCACGCUGCCGGAGGACCUGGCAGAAGCGGAGUGCGUGGUGAGGGUGAUGAGGACGGAGUACGACCACUACUCCAAGUUUGCCCGCACCUACAACAGCCCCGACGUGCCAGAGCCGGACUGCAGCCUUCUUGAGGCAGAGGACCCUGACGAGGAAGCCGCCCCCGCAGAGGAGCAGGAAAAGCAGCAGGCAGAGGGCGGCAAAGACAAGGAAAAGGGAGAGGAAGGUGAAAAGAUGGGGGGGCCGCCAGUGACUGCUAAGAAGUCGAAGCCACCCCACUUCACCGAGACGGCCUACGGGGAGCUGAACCUUCGUCGGUACCGUAUCCAGGGCGGCGUGUACACCAUCGACUUGCUGGAGGUGCCGCCCCAGCCCCGCGUCCUGGCCGAGUGUACCAUUACUCAAGUGGAAGAAGUAUGCUCGGUGUCUCGUGUUCACUGGGUGGCUCAGUACAACCCGCCGGCAGCCCCUGAGGCGGCGGGGCAGCGGCGGCGGGACCCGGAGGCGGUGGAGCAGGAGAUGAGGCAGCUGGAGCGAGAACUACAGAAGCUUCUCCUUAUAACCAUCAAACUCCCGGAUUCCGCCUUCUGGUUCGAGCCCCCGCAGAUGGUGUUGUGGGACGAGCAGAAGCGGUGCUGGUCCAACGAGUACUUCCAGGACGUGAAGUACAAUGAGGACCAGUGCGUGAUGCAGGUUCGCACAACUAGGCUGGGCGUGAUGGGCCUCGCCAUGAACCGCUUCGCCAACCUUCCCUUCCAGAAUUGGGAGCUCAAGCCGCUGGGCCCCGGAUCUGUUUCCCUUACCCUCAUCGCUGCGGUGGUGGUUGCAGAUUUCACCAUCACGGAGGGACAGGUGUGUCUGGCCAACCUGCAGGACGGGGCGCGCACUGCCCUCUCCCACUUGUACGGCAAGCCCAUGAAGCCCAACAUACUUAUCAAGACACUACAAUUCUACGGCAUCAACUUGUUUCCUGACCGUGACUCCUACUGCUACAUCGACGGUCUGCCCACCAAACACCGGCCCACCGAGCAGCACCUCUACCGCUGCCUCGCCUUCGUCGCCCCCGCCCUGCACUUCGCCUGGAGCCGUUGGAACCUCCUCGCCGGGCAGACCAAACUCGUGUUCCAGAUGAAGACCAAGAAACUCUCAGCUGAUGAUACACAGACGGGCCAGCCGCUUGUGCUUGUAACGCCGCAGAAGACGUCUAUCCUCGAGUGCACGGAGAUCUCGCAAGCUUUCUCCACCGCUGACGAGGAAGAGAGUAAGUACUACGCCGACCUGUACCAGCUGGUCCUCGGGGAGAUGGGCGACUCUGUGCGGCAGACUGUACAGGAAGCCUCGCCGGUCUUCAUCCAUACCAUUCACCACGUGCUCAAGUCCGCCUCAGUGAUAUCCUACUGCUGAACGGAGAGAGAGAGAGAGAGAGAGAGAGAGAGAGAGAGAGAGAGAGAGAGAGAGAUGGGGGGGGGACGUGAGUAUGCUCAUUUCAACGUCACGUCAGGUAAUUCGGCAGGCUGGAUGACCUUAUUUGGAGCUAUGAUGACGAAGAGCGAAAGGAAAAGAAGCAGGGUGUAACAUUAUUUACAUUCUAAAACGUACAAAGGCAAUAAAUAGUUACAUGUUAUACGAUCCAAUUAAUAAAUCUCGUGUGCGCUUCUCGUGCUUCCUUCCGCGUGUGUUGUUUACUUUGAAUUCGUAGAGUGUCGCCCGCCCCGUCCUAUACAUAUUCGUGUUUUCCAAGGUUAUUUUAAGGAUUAACCACCAGGUAGGUCAUACAAACUCACUAACAUAUCACCUGUAUUGUGGAAGGGCGGGGAGAGCGGGGAGAGGCGAUAAAGAGGAACAUUGUAAUGGGAAUUCAUCUAAGUCGAAGAGAGAGGGAGAGAGAGAAGCAAGACUAGUUAUAUAAGUAUUUUGCUGUAUAUUUCGUUUUCAUGUUUAUUUGUAAGCUGCGUAUAUGUGAAUAGAUAUAAAGAUACUAGAGGGUACGUGACACUAGCUCCGAAAAGUAAAAAAGAGAGAGUUGGCAGUGUUCCCCAGUCCCUGUGUUGUGUGUUGGUUAAUGAAUAUUUUCCCACUAGUAGAACGGGUUGUGUCCACCUCACCUAACCCUAUAUAUAUCUAUAGCCUAUAGAUUAUUUCACGUGGAUGUCAUUGUUAAUUAUUAGAGUCGAACAAAGUGCUUGAGCUUGGAGUAUGUAUUGGCUACCUGUUUGCAAAAGGAAUUAGCAGUGUUCAAAUUAAGCCCACUGUAAUAGGUGAAGAGAUUUAACGCUCCGCCGUGACGGGUUCGAGUAUACGCUGGUUCAAAUCAGUUGUAUCUCUUCUAGUAGAUAUUAAUAUUCUAUCCAUAUAUCUUUCGAUGCUUUCGUGCAGUUUAGCGACCACACUCGUCAGACACUGGUCGGUGGUUCAGCAGAUAAGUUGUAGGCAUAUGCUAUAGCUGCGCGAGGCCUCCAUGCUGCAUUUGUCUCAUUGGCUUUUCAUUCGAUAAUAGGCUAUUCAAGGAAGGAACACACAUUCUCUCUCUCUCUCUCUCUCUCUCUCUCUCUCUCUCUCAAAACUUGUUGCAUUGCUUUCAUUCAUAUUUUCAAAGCUUACCAAACUCAAGGCUAUGGCAGGUUACACAAAUGUCAUGCGUAUAGAAGGAUCUGUAUUUAUUCAUAAUCAUGAUAACCCGGAUGAUAAAUGCUAAGUCUUCAUGAGGUGUGUGUGUGUGUGUGUGUGUGUGUGUGUCACAGAGUUGAAGACCAAUUAUGACCCUCUAGAUAUUUUCACUCCGGGACGUAUACUAAACGAACAAAGUCGAAAAAGUGUGCAGAUUCAAGAACCGUGUUUGAAGAUGUAAUGCAAUGGAGAGUUAAAGCCCAAUAAAUGAGAGAAAAUA